AAAUCCCAACCGCCAAAAUAGUGAACAACAUUUGAGAAAACCAAAAAUACAAAAAAUUAAAAAUUAUGUUUCUCAUUUCCGGAAAAAUUCUCCGUUUCGCCGGCGGUAGAACUCGUACAAGAAAGUAGUCCACCUCUAAUACAACAUUGUGGCUCAGACACUGCAUCUUUCAUCUUCUCUCUCCAAAUUUUUCUCUCUCCUCCGCAAAAAAAUGUCAACUUCGUCUUCACCUGAAAGUAUGCGUCACAAUCGAAUUAUCUCCAGUAAACUCUACUUCGAUGUUGCUCCUUCUAAGGUUCCGCUGAUAUAUUCAGCUGCGUACAAUAUCUCCUUCCUUGGAAUGGAAAAAUUGCAUCCGUUUGAUUCUUCAAAAUGGGGUCGCAUAUGUCAGUUCCUUGCUUCAGAAGGUGUAGUGGACAAAAGUCGUGUUAUUGAGCCUGAAGAAGCUUCGACAGAGGAUCUUUUAGUGGUGCAUCCAGAGAAGUACCUGGAUAGUCUUCAAAGCAGCUCGACUGUUGCUAAAAUUGUGGAGGUUCCACCAGUUGCAAUGUUGCCCAACUGUAUCAUACAGCGGAAGAUUCUUUAUCCAUUCCGGAAACAGGUAGGGGGGUCUGUUCUGGCUGCAAAACUGGCAAAAGAGCGUGGGUGGGCGAUUAAUAUUGGCGGAGGUUUCCACCAUUGUUCUGCGGACAAUGGAGGUGGAUUUUGUGUUUACGCCGACAUCUCUCUCUGCAUUCACUUUGCUUUAGCGCGGUUAAAUAUUGCUAGGGUUAUGAUUAUUGAUCUUGAUGCUCAUCAAGGAAAUGGUCAUGAAAUAGAUUUUUCUGAAGAUAAAAGAGUAUACAUACUUGAUAUGUACAAUUCUGAAGUAUAUCCGUUGGAUUUUGUUGCCAGGAGGUACAUCAACCAGAAAGUCGAAAUCUUAAGUGGGACCACAACAGAUGUUUACUUGAAGGAAUUGGAUGGCGCACUUGAGGUUGCUAGACGAAUGUUCGAUCCUGAGUUGGUGGUAUACAAUGCUGGAACCGACAUCCUGGAUGGAGAUCCACUGGGAAGUCUAAGGAUUAGCCCUGAUGGUGUAAUCAAGAGGGACGAAAAAGUGUUUGAAUUUGCUCGCGAGAAGGGCGUUCCUAUAGUAAUGCUUACAUCAGGUGGUUAUAUGAAGUCAAGUGCUAGAGUGAUUGCGGACUCCAUUAUAAACCUUUCCAGGAAACAUUUGAUAGACUUGCCAGGCACCCAAGAAUAGAUACUGCAGGAACUGGAGGUCUAUGAUGCAACACUCUAUAAAUAUCAAAUAUGGAGUAUGACAUUUGAUUGUCUUUAUCCUUGAUUACUAUCCCAAAAAAGAGAGGAGGAAGUAGCGAAAGAAAUCCUUUGUGUAAAAACAGUGUUAUAUAAUUUGUUGUAAAUUUGUAGUGAUGUUAUAUUCUAAAAUUGUGAUAUCCAAGCUUGUUGAGAAGGUAUCUGGGCAAGGCGAUAAAUUUAAACUAACGGAAAUCGACGUAGGGGGUGGCGGAAAGUUGUGACACGUACAAUCCGGCUGGCUGGUUGUGGCUGCAGGGAAGGAGCAUCGCGGGUUGCUGGUCGUGGCUGCAGGGAAGGAGCAUCGCGGUGGCUGGUCGUGGCUGGUCAUGGCUGCAGGUGGAGCUCUAAUCCGAGGUGGGCUAUUUUCGGGGCAAAGAGUUCCAAUUAUGUCUGGGUGGUUCAACAUCACAAAUUCUUAUUUAAAGGUGGUGUAAAAAGUUAGCUGGAUUUUUUUAGGGAUUAAAAAUUUUCAUUUUUAUAAAAGUUAUUCCUUUAAACUCA